AUGAGUCAUAAAGGUAAAUGGUAUGAGCCGACAUGGGAGGACCUGGAUUCACGCCCUCUGCCAGAGUGGUUCGACCGCGCGAAGAUCGGAAUCUUCGUUCACUGGGGCGUGUACAGUGUACCCGCCAUCUACACUGAAUGGAUCUGGUACAGGUGGAAGACUGAUGUCAAGUAUAUGAAGAGAAAUUUUAAACCCAAUUUUACUUAUGAAGAAUUCGCACCGUUUUUUAAAGCGCAGUUAUUUGAUCCACACGAAUGGGCGAGGCUAUUUGCUAAAUCUGGAGCUAAGUAUGUUGUUUUUACAAGCAAGCAUCAUGAUGGAUACGCUAUGUUUCCAUCAAAGCAGUCGCCGGGAUGGAAUUCUGUGGACGUUGGCCCUCGUCGAGACAUUGUAGGAGAUCUUGGUGCUGCUGUCAGACUGAAGGGCUUGAGAUACGGCCUUUACUAUUCACUAUACGAAUGGUACAAUCCUGACUAUCUGUGGGACAAAUCGAAAAGGUUCACCACAUCAAAGUAUGUCGAUAGGAAACUAUGGCCUGAUGUCAAACAGUUGGUUAAUGAUUACAAGCCUUCAAUUGUAUGGUUUGAUGGACAUUGGGAAGCGCCACAUACGUACUUUAAUACAACUAGGAUAUUGAGUUGGUUAUACAACGAGAGUCCUGUGAAGGAAUAUGUUGUGGUCAACGACAGAUUGGGCAAGGGGGAAUCGUGUCAUCAUGGUGAUUUUUUUAACUGCAAGGACAAGUACAUGCCUCGAGCCUUAGUGAAACACAAGUGGGAAACUUGUUUAUCUCUUGACCUGGCCUCCUGGGGUUACAGGACUAAUAUGCAGGAAGACGAUGUGAUGUCAGUAAACACCAUGUUCAAGUUGCUGAUACAAACUAUUAGCAAUGGAGGUAACUUUCUCAUUAAUAUCGGGCCAACUAAGGACGGUGUCAUAGUACCAAUAUUUCGCAAGAGACUGUUGGAAUUAGGGAAAUGGCUGGAAACAAACGGAGAAGCUGUGUACAACUCGUCACCUUGGUUAUACCAACAGGAUCGUGCUAACAAAGAAGUAUUUUAUACAUGUGUCAAAGCU